AUGUCAUUAUAUUAUCAAUUAAAAUUUAAUAGAUUAGAACCAAAACGAGAAAUAGAAUUCAAAAACUUUAAAGUUCAAAAUCAAUAUUUAGUUGUAAAAUAAUUAAAGAGAAGAAAUAAAAAUUAAUUUCAAAAUAUAAGUCCUUUUAGUCCAUAAAGAUCAAAACACCUUCCAAAGUUAAGAUUACCUAGUCUUCCUAAUUCUGAUAGCAAUCAAUAAUGUCUCUCUAAAAGUCCAAAGAAUAUUGCUCAAAAGAGCAUUCUCGAAUAUCCUUAUUUAAAAUUGAUUAGUUAAUAAAGUUAAGACUUAAAAGAAUUUGUAACCAAUUAACGGCCCAUAAUUGAUAAAUCAUUUUAUAAAAAGAAAGAAAAGACUGGAUUUUAAACUGAUGAUUCAAGCUUCGAAUAUAGAAUAUCGAAACCUUUAAGGAAAUACUCUUUAUAAUUUUAAGAUGAUAAAAAGUAAAAAUUUAGAAUUGAUAUAGAUUGAAUUUAAGUCCAACAAAUAAAUAAAUUUGA